CUCUUUCAUAAUUGUCUACAGACUCUUCGUGUUAUGAAAAUUAUUAUUUGUCAUUGACUACAUCUUUAAAAAUGACGGCGAUUUCUCGUCGAUUUCAAAUAUCCCCUUCGUUGAUCAUAGCAGUAAGAACGCGAACUAUGGCAGGACAUAGUAAAUGGUCAAAUAUCAAAUUCAAAAAAAUGCAUAGAGACAUUGCAAGAGCCAAGAUUCUUGGUCGACUUCAUAAAGAAAUAGUUACAGCUGUGCGAGAAAAUGGUCCGUGUCCAAAUCUAAAUUCAAAAUUAGAACAUAUAAUUGAAAGAGCAAAAGCUGCCAAUAUGACUAAGGAUAAGAUAGAAUCAGCUAUCAAGUCUGGUGUGAAGAACACAGAUAAAUCAUGCCACAGUUUGUUGAUUGAAGGACAUGGACCAGGUGGAUGUGGAAUUUUAGUUGAUACAUUAACUUCAAACAACAGCCUUACCAGAAAUGAAAUAAGAACAUUGUUUAUGAAAAAUGGGGGUCAUGUUGGUGAUGAUGGCUCUGUGUCAUUCAUGUAUGAACACAAAGGGAUAGUCUGCAUAGAAAAUAGAUGGUCAUCUUCCGAUAAUGUAGACGAUUUACAUGAAACUUCAAGUAAGGCUGAAGAAUUAGCCAUUGAUGUUGGUGCAGAAGAUUUUCAUUUUGCAACAAAUGCGGACGAUUUGAAGCUCAUACAGUUCGUAUGUGCAUCGAGUGAUCUCAUUCAAGUUUCAAAUAGAUUAACGAAGGAAAAAAACUAUACGCUUGUGUCGGCCAAUUUAGAGUAUUUACCUCGAACUCUUAUAAAACUAAAUGAUCAAAACCUUGUUAAGGUAAGUAAAUUACUUGAGAAAAUUCACGAACACGAAGACGUCAUCAAAAUAUACGACAAUAUCCAAGAUUACGAGAGCGAAACACUGAAAGAACUCUGAUUUUUUAUGAAAGCCAGGUUUGUUGAGAAAUAUCGCAGCAAUUUUCUUGCGGAUGUGGCUUAUGACAAUUUUCAAUUCAUUUAGCCACGUAAUGUUGUAUAUAUAUGUGUUUGGUAUAGCAAUAUAGCAAUGCAACAAUAUAGCAAUGCAAAAUAACGUAGGACGCUCAUUGCUUUAUACUUGUUAAUACAAUAAUAGAUGAGAA